AGCCAUGUGGUGUAUAGGAUCGUUCUAGAAACAGAGUCUUGGAGAUUGGUGGUGUUGAUAGCAGUUACGUUUUUCUUAGAUAGCUUCAUCAUACCUGUGCUUACAAAUAAAGUACAAUGUUAAACGUGACUAAAACAGCCUCAAGAAUCAUUUCGCCACACUGUGGUGUGCGCGCACUGGUGAAAAAGGUAUGCUUUAAUCAAUGGAUGAAACAUGGCCUUCAACAUUCUUCUAGGCGUGAAUAUGCUACAGAGGCAAUUAAAGGAGUAGUGAUUGGCAUUGACCUGGGAACCACAAAUUCAUGUGUGGCUGUCAUGGAUGGCAAACAAGCAAAGGUCCUUGAAAAUGCAGAAGGUGCAAGGACAACCCCAUCAGUUGUAGCAUUUACAGCUGAUGGAGAAAGACUGGCGGGGAUGCCAGCCAAAAGGCAAGCUGUCACUAACCCAAACAACACGCUUUACGCUACCAAACGGCUGAUCGGGAGACGCUACGAUGACCCUGAAGUUCAGAAGGAUUUGAAGAAUGUUCCAUAUAAAAUAGUGCGUGCAUCCAAUGGUGAUGCCUGGAUAGAAGCCCAUGGAAAGCUUUACUCUCCUAGCCAGAUUGGUGCUUUUAUCCUUAUGAAAAUGAAAGAGACUUCAGAAAACUAUUUGGGCCAGAUGGUGAAGAAUGCUGUUGUGACUGUACCAGCCUAUUUCAAUGAUUCUCAGAGACAGGCAACCAAGGAUGCUGGCCAAAUUGCAGGUCUAAAUGUGCUCAGAGUCAUUAAUGAGCCUACAGCAGCUGCUCUGGCAUAUGGACUGGACAAGACUCAGGACAAGAUUAUUGCCGUGUAUGACCUUGGUGGGGGCACAUUUGAUAUCUCGGUUUUGGAGAUUCAGAAGGGAGUUUUUGAAGUGAAAUCUACCAAUGGUGACACAUUCUUGGGUGGAGAAGAUUUUGAUCAGCACCUGCUUCAGCAUAUAGUAAAAGAGUUCAAGAGAGAGUCGGGUGUGGAUCUGACCAAAGAUAACAUGGCAUUGCAAAGAGUAAGAGAGGCAGCUGAGAAGGCCAAAUGUGAGCUUUCUUCUUCUCUGCAGACUGACAUCAAUCUGCCCUAUUUAACCAUGGACAGCUCUGGUCCCAAACACUUGAACAUGAAGCUUACCCGUGCCCAGUUUGAGGGCAUUGUGGCAGAUCUAAUUCGCAGAACUGUGGCCCCAUGUCAGAAGGCCAUGCAAGAUGCAGAAGUUUCUAAAAGUGACAUUGGCGAGGUGCUUUUAGUAGGUGGAAUGACUCGAAUGCCCAAGGAGCAUUUUCAUCUUCAGAAGAGGAGGGUCAGUGUGGACAUUGUGAAGGAUUACAAAUGUCUGGGAGUGCACAUUGACAAUAAACUGGACUGGGAUAAGAACACUGAUGCCCUCUACAUGAAUCGCCUGAAGGCCUUCAACAUCAUCUGCCAGACUAUGCUCAAGAUCUUCUAUGAGUCUGUGGAGCAUUUUCAUCUUCAGAAGAGGAGGGUCAGUGUGGACAUUGUGAAGGAUUACAAAUGUCUGGGAGUGCACAUUGACAAUAAACUGGACUGGGAUAAGAACACUGAUGCCCUCUACAGGAAGGGCCAAAGUCGUCUCUAA